AGAUAAUCACGACAAUAAGAACCACGAAUGGAGAAGAAAAUGAGAGCUCAAAGUGCUCACUGUUUGGUCCUGCCAUACACAACCCAAGGCCACAUAAAUCCUAUGCUCCAAUUCUCCAAACGUUUACAACACAAACAAAUCAAAGUCACACUAGCCAUCACCCGCUUCAUAUUCAAGACCACCAUGCACCAGCUUUCAAGCUCCGUCGCGGUGGAGACGAUCUCCGAUGGCUACGACGAAGGUGGCCGUGCACAGGCAGAGAGCAGAGAGGCCUACUUGGCUCGAUUUCAACAGGUCGGCGAGCAAACUCUGGCUGACCUAGUUGAAAAGCUCCGCGACACAGGCCACCCUGUGGAUUGUAUUGUGUAUGAUUCUUUCUUGCCUUGGGCUCUUGAUGUAGCCAAAAGGCUUGGAUUGGUUGGAGCUGUGUUUUUCACUCAAUCUUGUGCUGUGGACAAUAUUUACUAUCAUGUGUACAACCAACUUCUGAAACUUCCUGUCACAGGACCUAAAGUUCUGGUUCCUGGUUUGCCCCUACUUGAACCUUCAGACCUGCCCUCUUUUGUUUAUGAUUUGGGGUCAUACCCGCCUUUAUACAGAAUGGUUGUGAAUCAAUUCUCUAAUAUUGACAAAGCAGAUUGGGUCCUCUGCAACACCUUCUAUGAGUUGGAGCAAGAGGUGGUGGAUUGGAUGGCGAAGCUUUGGCGAUUGAGGACGAUUGGACCAACUCUACCAUCAAUUUACUUGGAUAACCGACUCCAAGACGACAAAGCGUAUGAUCUGAAUUUGUUUAAGCCAAACACAGAUGGUUGCAUACAAUGGCUAGACGAGAAGCCAGAUGGGUCGGUUGUCUACGUGUCAUUUGGGAGUUUGGCAGAGCUAGGAAUUGAGCAAAUGGAAGAACUAGCAUGGGGUUUGAGAGCAAGCAACAAGUACUUCUUGUGGGUGGUCAGGGCAUCAGAAGAGGCUAAGCUUCCAAAAGACUUUGUGGAGGAGACAUCUAGGAAGGGCUUGGUGGUGUCAUGGUGUCCACAGUUGGAAGUUUUGGCGCACAAGGCGAUAGGAUGUUUUGUGACACAUUGUGGAUGGAACUCUACAUUGGAGGCAUUGAGCUUUGGGGUUCCAAUGGUGGCAAUGCCUCAAUGGUCGGACCAAAGCACGAACGCAAAAUAUGUCGCGGAUGUUUGGGGUAUGGGACUCAAGGCCAAGCUCAACGAAAAGGGAAUAGUUAGAGGAUCAGAGGUGGAGGAUUGCAUAAGGGAAGUGAUAGAGGGAGAGGGAGGGGAAGAGAUCAGAAGGAAUGCUGUCAAGUGGAGGGAAUUGGCGAAGGAAGCCGUGGAUGGAGGAAGUUCUGAUAGGAACAUCGGCAUGUUUGUUGCAGAACUAGUUAAUUCCUGAUCUCCUCUUAAACAAGCAUUGUGCAAUUUUAAGAGUAGUCUGAUUAUUGAUAGCAUGGUUCGAAGUCGUGGUGUAACGGACUCGAACAAAAUCAGUGUAAAUUGAUCGAACCGGCCAGUAGGGACUCUUGAAAAAGGAUCACGUACCAGUCGAUAUGGUGGAACUACAAUUGAUAGUGCACAAGAAAUAUUGUAACCAUAGUCACUGAAUUUAUUCGUAAUAACGAAGUGUUGCAUUCUCUAU